AUGCUUCAGGCUGUAAAGGUGAUUGUGGUGGUGUUUGUCCUGCCAGACUCCACCAACUCCAGUGAGAACAUCUACACCAUGAUGAACCCCAUCGACCCAGGAGGGAACAGACCCACGUUCCCCAUGGGUCCAGGUCCGGGCGGUCCGAUGGGCGGGAUGGGAUCCAUGGAGCCACACCACAUGAACGGGUCGCUAGGGUCUGGUGACAUGGAUGGGUUGCCAAAGAAUUCUCCCAACAACAUGGCUGUCAUGAGCAACCCUCCCGGAACCCCUCGCGAUGACGGGGACAUGACAGGGAACUUCCUCAACCCAUUCCAGAAUGAGAGUGUGAGUUUCUAACGCCUGGCCCCUCCCACACCUGGCCCCUCCCACACCUGACCUAGCCCCUCCCACUGCCUGCAAGCAGACAGCAUGGUUGC